GGUAAAGACGCGUGUCUCGACAGCGUCCACUGCGUCAGACGAAUUGAUGGUGGUGCUCGGGGGGCGCGAGCCGCGGGUGCAGUGCGAGGCGCGCGAGGUGCCCGCCGGCGACGGUACCACCAACCUCACCGCCUCUGUGACAUUCGUCAAAGAUACGCAGACCACAACAACGUCGGCUCCGAAAGAGCCCGACACCGAGGACAAGGGCGUGGCCAGCAGCGUGGCGGCGGCGCUGGCUCAGCGCGCGGUGUUGUACGCGGGCGGCGCCGCGGUGCUGCUCGUGCUUGCCGUCGCAUUCCUUCUCGCCACAUAUUUCUGUAAGCGGAGCUCGGACAAGCGACUCUUAGAGUUUGAGCUGGACACGGGAGAGUCGGAGGCGGCCGUGUACGCGUCGCCCCGAGACGAUGUGCGCGGUCACCCCGCGCCGCCCGCUGUCUAUACCGAGCCAUUCAGAGAGACUGGCGCCAACCUGAUGUACUCUACGCCUAUUCCUAAAUGUGAGAGAACAGCAUUGAAGACAGAAAUGGGUCGCGAUGAGAAUGGAUCGUAUUAUGAAUAUGUGAGGCAGGUGAAACAGGUGAAGCCGAGAAGCUGCAAUGCUCGCUAUGUAAACGGCCUUAACAGCAAUAGUUAAAAGAACGUCCAUUAAACAAAUAAACUAAAUUGUCACCACAAGGAAGAGUGAAUUA